AUGAAGAUAUUUAAAGAAUACGAAACUUUUGAAAUCUCUAAUUUAGAAGAGCAAAAUGCAGAAGGAAUUGAAGAUUCCUUGGAGGAAAUAGAAAGCAACAUGAAUGCAGUUGUAUCUUUUGUUCCUCAACUAGGAGAGCAGGAAUUAAGAGAGCCUUACAUCGGUAUGGAAUUUCAAUCACUUGAUACUGGAUUUAAAUUUUAUCUUGAUUAUGCUCAUCGUAAUGGUUUUAGUGUGCGCAAAAAUCGAAUUAGUAGAUCAAGAAAAGAUAAAUCCAUUAUUGGUCAAGAGUUUUCAGAAAUUCUUGCGAUCAAAAAGAAAAAAAUCAGAGGCUCAAAAAAUCUUAUUGAUCUCUUAAAUAAUUCUGGUAUUCGUCCAAGUAAAAUCGCAUCAGUGUUAACUACUCAGGCGGGAGGCAUAGAGAAUCUCAAUAUAACUGGACGAGAUAUUCAGAAUUAUUUGAGCACUAAAAGGCAAAAUUGUCUUGAGAAAGGAGAUGCACAAUUGAUGUUGAAAUACUUUCAAAAGCGACAAUCUGAUAGCCCAGGAUUCUUUUAUGCAAUACAAAUGAAUGUGGAGGGUCAUUUAGCUAAUUGUUUUUGGGUAGAUGCUAGGUCUAGGAUAGCUUACAAGAAUUUUGGAGAUGUUGUCCUAUUUGAUCCUACAUACUUGACAAAUAAAUAUAAGAUGCCUUUUGUUCCAUUUACCGGAGUUAAUAACCAUCACCAAUCCAUUUUAUUUGGAUGUUCUCUUCUUUGGGAUGAAACGGAAGAAAAUUUUCAGUGGUUACUUCAUACUUGGCAAGAGGCAAUGUUUGGUAUUUUCCCUCGUACAAUAAUCACAGAUCAAGAUGCUGCAAUAACAAAUGCAGUUGCAAAGGUGUUCCCGAAUAGUGCACACCAUUUUUUAAGUGUUUACAUUUUACAACAACUCCUGAGGAAUUUGAAAUUGCUUGGAUCGAUAUAA